AUGGGUAACCUCGUCACCUUCGUCAAACAAAGCUUCCCGCCCAAGCCCAAGUGGACAGCGGAAAACAUGCCUGAUCUUGGCGGAAAGAUUGCUCUCGUCACUGGCGGCAACACCGGUAUUGGCAAGGAGACCGUGAAGGCUCUGUUACAACAUAACGCGAAGGUGUACCUUGCCGCGCGCAGCGCGGACAGAGCUGCACAAGCCAUCAAGGAUCUCAAAGCAGCUACGGGAAAGGAAGCCAUUUUCCUCAAGCUGGACCUGUCCGACCUUGUGUCCGUCAGAAAGGCUGCCGAAGAGCUCUUAUCGAAGGAGCAUACUCUCCAUAUCCUCAUCAAUAAUGCAGGCGUCAUGCAGGCCCCGAUGGACUAUCUGACCGUGCAAGGCUAUGACAUGCAACUCGGCACAAACGUGCUAGGACAUUACUUCUUCACUACUCUCUUGCUUCCAGCCCUCCAGGCGGCCUCCGCAACUGGCGGGAAAGCGCGCGUUGUCAACACGUCUUCCUUCGCGGCCUACAUGGGCAACUCGAUCCACUACGAUGCGGUCAAGGACGGGCCCGCGCGUCGUAAACUUGCCUCUACUGACCUGUACUGGAUCAGCAAGCUUGGUAAUGCGCUCUUCAUGCGCGAGAUGGCCAAGCGUUACGGUGACAAGAUCGUAUCCACCGCUGUAAACCCCGGGAACCUGCAAACGGAGUUGGCGCGCCACAUGCCUGCCUGGCAGCAGGUUGCGAUCAAAAUGAUACUAUACCCUGCUCCCAUGGGGGCAAUAACUCAGCUGUGGGCGGGAACAGCGCCCGAAGCCGCGGAAUUCAACGGGAAGUUCCUCGUCCCUUGGGCCCGGGAGGGCCCUAUGCCAGCAGGAGCCAAAGAUCCUGCGGCGGCAGAGAAGCUAUGGGCAUGGCUUGAGGAGCAGUGCAAGGGCUACUGA